ACAAUUUCGUUGAGUCGAUAGAUAAACGCGCACAUGGACUCAUUAAAUAGUUAACGUUAUUAAUUAUUCAGAACAAUCAGGAAAUUGUUAAGAGUGUUUCAAUUGACAUGAUCAAAAGCGAUAACUUGCAGCAGUGAACAUUAAUCAAGCUUGAGUUCAUAUAAAUCAUUUAUUUAUCUUUUUGUGCAUAAUGAAUGAUGAUGAUCAAUCAUUUAUUCAUAACAAUUGUUACCCAAGCGUGGUGCGGGGACCUGACGACGGCGUGAUCUCAGUGGAUGUCUCCAGAGACGCUCUAGUGGACUCCAUGACAGAUAUGUCUGAGACACCAAUACCACCUGAUAUUAUUGCGUCAGUAGACACACCAGGGGAACAUGAAGAGAAUGAAAAAUUGACUCUAGCAUAUGAGAGGCUUUAUGACAUACCAAAAACAAUUGUGGAACGGUUCUCCGACCACAUCAAGUACCUGGAUAUUAGUCACAAUAAGAUCACAAACCUAGAUGCGCUGGUUUACUUCAAGAGCCUCACAUCCCUGAUAGCAGAUGACAACCCUAUCACAGAGAACUGUUAUCUACCACCUCUGCCUAAAUUGGAACUCUUGUGGCUGAAUCGUUGUCAGAUCACAUCACUUUACCCAUGGGUGGGCAAACUGAAGGAGUCAUGUCCCAACUUACAGAUCCUCUCGUUAAUGGGUAACCCAGCAGCACCCAGUUACUUCAACGGAGGCACCUUCUAUGAGUACCUGCAGUACAGGCUCUUCGUCAUAUCCCAAUUCCCAUCCCUCCAUCAUUUAGACGACCGUCGUGUCACGGAAGACCAGAGACUGGAAGCCCAACGUCUAUACAAGAGACCUUUCUUCGAGCGCAUUGUCAAGCCUGCUGGACUGUCACAAAUAGUGAACUCUUCCGUCACUUGGAACACUUUCCAAAAUAAAAUCACUACGUUGCUGGGUAAGGAUAAACAGAAUAGGAAUUUGUUGAUUUAGGUAGAUUUUAGACCUUAGGUGUAUGGAGUAGAGUUGAGAUUUGAAUGACAUUGAUAUGAAUUUGUGCUGGAUGUUUAGGCUAUUUCUUCGUAGUAAAUAAGCCCAUUUUCAUCGAAAACAUAAACAUCAGUUUUGCUUAAAACAACUGUUUUCUUUGAGCAUUGACAGUGAACUUGGGUCUUAGUUGUAAGAGUUAUUUCAGCUGUUAAAAAAGUUACAAAGGUGCCUCUAUAUCUGCCGAAUGUAUUUUUUAGCUAAUUUCUACUAUUUACUGUUUGCAAUAAAACAUAAAGAAAUUACGACCUAACUAUGGCAAUAUGUUCAUAAAAUUGUGAUAAUUAUCUAGAAUUCUAGAAUAAUCGACCAAUGUUGUUAUAAUUAUAAGGAAUUUAAUUAAGCGACAUGACACGUGUUAUAAUUUUUAAUUAUAUUUUAUUAAACGUUUAACAAAUA